CACACACAAGAAAAUUGAACUGAUUCAGAAUGAAUUAAAUACUUUGAUGUAACUUGUGUGAAUAUAAUACUGCAAACUUAAAAUCACUAGGAAUUACAUAAACAUAUAUAGAGAUUAAACACUAUAAGGAAUGAUGAGUAGAUCAAAGAACAAACAAAGAGAGAAGUUAAAAAGAUUUCCUAUAACUAAAUAAAGAGAAUACAGGACAAAAAAGCCUGGGGGCACAUGGAAAAAGAGUCCUACAUGGGAAAUUUGUAACUCUAAGUGCUUACAUUAAUAAAACAGAAAACAUACAAAUGAAUAACUUAAUGAUGCAACUCAACCCUUUGAAAACCCAAAAAUAAACCAAAUCCAGAACCAGUUAAUGGCAAGAAAUAAUAAAACUCAAGGCAUAAAUUAAUGCAAUAGAAACAAAACAACACCGAGACGCAACAAAAAAGAACUGGUUCUCCUGAAAGGGAAGGCACAGAGAAGGAGCGAUGGGUCUGGGGUCCUUCAGAGAUUCACCAGUCUGACUCAAGUUUUGCUUUUGGUAAAUAAGAGGCAUUUUAAUUAAAAGAAGACUGACCAAGACCAACCCAGAGAGAAUUCUCUAGAUAAGGCCAAGGCUUUGUAGCAAAAUCUACAGAGUUACAAUUUGGGGAAGCCUGUCCAGGUGAAGGCAAGACUUGAUUUUGUGACAUGUCCAGCAGGAGCCUUGGCCAUGCAAGCAAGCAGGCAUUUUGUACAGAAGCAGAACUUAAAAGUUAGCCUGUUUAAUCUUGUGACCCAUCACUUUGUAGGACUACUGAGGCACUGAAAUAUUUUGCAACAUUCAGCAAUAUUUGUAAGAGUAGCUCAACUGUACAAGGAAGUGGUCCAUCUCAGGCUACCUGACAGGGUACAUUCAAGAUACAGUAAUUUCCUCAUGUCUUAUGAGAGCUAAAAACAAUUUGCUUUUACAGGCCUAGCACAGUAAAUUUAUCCUCUAAACAUAAUGUUACAUUCUUCAGUGAUAUAGGAACAAUGUGGUAGUUUGAAAUCAUUUCUUCUUUGCAUGGGAACAAAUUGCUCCAAGGUGUAAUUAGAAAGAAGAGAAAGGAGACUGGAACAAACAAAAUGACAUCUGGGGUAAAGACAAUCAGAAGAAAUUCAAAGUUUUUAAAGAAAACAAAGUGCAUUUCUUCCUUACAGUAAAACAUUGGUAUAAAUAUACUUGCACAAUUGGCUUAUACUGUCAUAGGAAAACAAACAAACAGUGUCUCUCAACUCUUUAAUCACAUUUCUGUAAAAGUGUCUCCAUACGUUUGAGAGUAGGUCAAAGAGCUGCUCAAGGGGCCAGAGAUGGAUCCGUGGUUAAAGUGCUUGCUGUUUAACCAUGGUGACUUGAUCCCAGGACCCACUGAAACCACAUACCUCUCUACUUCAGCUAUAAUUGAAUUCUUCCUACUGUUUUCUAGGGAGAAGUUCAGGGCUUUUGUCAUUGCUAGGACUGUAAGCAAAGUAGUGAUGUAUCAUUGUGAGUGGAUCACCAUUGACAAUGGUGAGAUUUUAUUUAUUCUCUUAGGGCAAUGUAUUGAUUCGUGGUGAAUUGGUACCAGUUUGGCAAGUUUCCUCCAAUAUUGAAACAUUGAACCAUAUCACCCUUCAUUCACUCUGAAGGGAAGCUCCUUAGGCAGGAAGGCACCUCAAAAGAUUCCAAAAUGGUCCCUGAAACUGAUCAGAUACACUAAGUUCCUUCCAUGCCAGAGAACAAUAAAAGCUGAAAGUCCCUCUCAGAUGAAAGGAAGCUGAGCUGCCAAGAAGACUGUCAAAAGAGCCAACCUCAUGCCGGCUGUCUGGAAGACGUUUAGACCAACUGAGGCACUUAGAAAGGACACUGUCCAACCUGUUGAGCCAUCUACAGGCUGUGCAGUUUCUCUGGGUUCCCAGCUUUUUGAGCUGUCACCCACGCUGUGUGGGCUUUGGUGAUACAGCUGUCUUUGAGUCAUUUCUGCUCCUGUAAGUAACCCCUCACCCAUAUUCCUAUAAGUAACCCCAAUAAAACUUAUUGGUUCACCACGUAGGACUUCGGUAGUAUGGGCGCUUUGGUCUGUCCUGGGUUCCUUAUCCAGGGUAAACAAUGUUCUGUCACACAACAGUACCUACUACGUUUUAUAACUGUAAAAUUCUAUUUAUUCUUUGUAAUUAGCAAGCAUAUUGUGUGUGAGCACAUAUUUUGAAGGUCACUUAUAAUUUGAGGGGGCACUUAUGGUUUUAUAGUUGGCCAUGAUGGGACAGUUUCCUAGAAGACAAAUGUACUACUCAGGACCAACUGAACUAAGCUGAGAUGACUUAGGUAACCCCGUGCUCUGCCACAGGGACUUAAAUUUGUAUCAAUUCAUUCAAACUUCCCACUCCAGCAAAGGAGCUCUGAAAUCCUGGACCCAGGUUGUGUUUGGGGAGGGCAUCUACCCUCCAAAAUGUUGCUUUGGGGUCUUUCAGGUGACAUCACAACCAGCUAUGGAACCUUGAAGGCUGUGUCUAGGGGCAACCCCCUGAGUAAGACAUCAUUCGUGAGGUUGCCUCCGAUGCUUUCGCUGCUAGGCUUAGGCCUCGUGACUUACUAGUGAAGAAAUAAGACAAUUGGUCCUAUUUCAAAGUUGUAUAUAUUUAGCUGGUUACAGCUACCUAUAAGGAUACUUCUGAAGUAUUCUUAGUUCACCUUGGAGUCUUCUAGAGUGGACCCCUGACCCAUAAAGUCAACUCUUUAUAAAGAAGAGCCAUUCAGAGGCUAAUAGCUUUCCUUCCUUGGACCCACCAAGCGUUGGAAGAAGGGACUCUUCAGGCUCAAGGGACAUCAACCCAAGAAAACCCACCUGGAGCCAGGCCCACAACUGCUUUUCCUUCAAUCUAAAAAGGCAGAACUACAGGAGAACCAACACCCUCGAACAAUCAAUCUAAAAUGCCUGGGAUAGGGAUGAAGCCCGAAGAUGCAGGAAAAGCGCGAAAGCGCAAAUUCCAGCAUGAAAGGGGGGCAGAAUCUGAGCCUGAAGAUUUGGGACAAGUCCCAAGAAAGAAAUUCCAGGAGGGAACAGAGAUAGUAUUUAGAGAGCCUGGCGAUGCUCAGAAGACCACCCCUCAGGAGCAACAGCAUCCGGACCAUCAGGAAGAAGAGCCAGGCAGGGGUCAUGUCCUUAAACUCCAUGAGGAGAGUCCAAGAAAACAGAAAGUCCUGCAGAAUAUGAAAGAACCUCCAGAGCAGGCUAAAACGGAGAGGAAGCCUACUGAUGGGGGCACGGGUCGCAAGCGUCCCCAUUCCUCCUAUUCCAUCCUGGAGGAAAACGAUCACCCCACCCCACAGAAAAAGCACAGAAGGUUACCUCCAGACCUUCAGUGUGUAGACCAUGUAAGAGCCGAUCCACACAGGCCAGACUUACCGGAAACAUCAGCACAAAGCAACCUGGAUAGUGGUAGCAGAGGUACUUUACUCCCCGACAAGACACCAGUACUUGCUGCAAAUAAAAAGCCUCUCGGGGACAAGGAAAAAGGCAGAGAAGUGGAUCGGAUCAUUAAUCUUACACAGGAAAUGGAGGAAGAAAUAAAGAAGGCAUUGGGUCCAGGGCCUCUAGAGGACAUCCUAAGCAGUAGGUUCAAGCUACAAGUCACCCGAGAAGAUAUACAGACCCUGGAGAGUGGCCGGUGGCUGAAUGAUGACAUCAUUAACUUUUAUCUCAACCUUCUCGUGGAGAGAAACGAAGAGCAGGGCUACCCGGCUCUUCACGUCUUCAGCACGUUCUUCUAUCCCAAACUGAAGCACAGUGGCUACUCUUCUGUAAAAAGGUGGACGCGAGGAGUCGAUAUCUUUGAGAAAGAAGUAAUCAUAGUGCCUAUCCACCAGCAGGUGCACUGGAGCUUGGUGGUCAUCGAUAUAAGGAAACAAAAUAUUGCGUACCUCGACUCCAUGGGUCAGUCAGGAAAUUCAAUCUGUGAGACCAUCUUUCAGUAUCUACAGAACGAAAGUAGGACAAGAAGGAACAUCGAGCUGGACCCUUUGGAGUGGAAAAGAUACAGUAUGACAUCAGAGGAGAUUCCUCAGCAACUGAAUGGGAGUGACUGUGGGGUGUUUACCUGUAAAUAUGCAGAUUACAUCGCUAGAGACCAACCUGUCACCUUUACUCAGCAGGACAUGCCCUUCUUCAGGAAGAAGAUGGUAUGGGAAAUCCUGCACAGUCACUUACUGUAACAACAUCCACCUGGUUGCUAUGGUCCCCGGCCCUGUACUUUUCCAUCCACGUUUCUAAUAUACCUCAAGGAGGAUGAGUUGAAGAGAUUAGAAACACUGAAGGAGCUGUCUGACUGGACCAAGCCCACUCUCUUCACUAUAGUGCUAUCAUGGGCUGUGGGACUGCUGCCCUAAUGCCAUCUCUAGGAUGGGUGCAACUACUGCAAGCUUAGAAACUGCUGCUGUCCAGCCCACAGGAGACUACUUGUCCAAGAAAUAAUGUUAUAAUGUUGGAUUUAGUCAAUGAAUUGGUGCUUUUGUUUAUUUUGUUUGGUCUUUUGGUUGUGGCUUUGAUUUUAUUCUUUUGUAUUUAUAUUUUUGUGCGUAUUUUGCUUUUAUUGAUGAUUUUGUGUUUUUUGUGUCU